GGCAGUGCAAGACCAGUGUUUCUAGCGUUACGACGUGACACUUCUAAUUUCUUAAUACAGUGCCAUGCCCACAACGAACUUCAUUAACUACGAUGCCAAGCGGAAAAUUUGGAGCGCCCCAAACUACCCACAUUGGUCCUUCAUAAAUCAAUCGUUGGGCGAUGCAUUCCUUCAGCAAAUGAGAAAGCUGCCAGACGAUCAUGUGCUCGAGCAUUAUGUGGACACGGACGAUUUGCGUACCGCAGGAGAAAUAUAUCGCGAAUCUGUAGCGGUGGCUAAGAAUAUGGAAAGGUUGGGAUUAAAACGUAGCGAAAUCAUUGUGCUGUAUGCUAGUAAUAAUACGAAGGCGACGCCACUAAUUAUGGGUGCUUUUCUCAUUGGUGUUAAAGUGAAUGUAUUUGAAACCGCUAUGAAGCCAGAACACAUUGAUGGCACAUUGCGUCUACUGGAACCCGCGGCCAUUUUCUAUGAAGAAGUCCACGCAAAUACGAUAGCCGAUUCAUUAAAGCGUUCACCCAUAUCCUCCGUGCGUUACCAACUGUCCUUAGAUGGUUCACAAGUGCCCAAUUUUGACAGUGAGCUCUUGCAACCCGUUACAGAGGAAGAAUUAGAACACUUCCAUCCAGUUCAAGUUAAUGACCCCCAGCACGAAACAGCGCUCUUUGCACUCACAUCAGGCUCGACGGGUCCGCCGAAGCUUGUUAACAUCACACACUCAUUACUUUUGCAUGCCAUUGCUACCUGGUUCUGCCAUAUAACUACAUCCACACCGAUCUCUACGGAGUCCAGAGUUUUCUCCUUUGCGCCGCUGCGCUGGAUAAGUCAGUUCGAUUUGAUGCUCGUGUCACUGCUAUUCGGCGCACGACGUGUUUGUGCCAUGAAACCUGCAAAUGGUCCUUACGGCUGCGAUAUUAUAAGAAAGACAGGCAUUACGCAUAUUUUCCUUGUGCCACAAGUCCUUGAGGACAUACUCAACACCUUGGAAGACACAGAUACAGAGUCAAUGAGUUCGCUGCGCGUCAUACAAAUCGGCGGUGAAACACCCUCGAAAGCCUUGCGCCAAUUAGCGCAAAAGCAUUGUGUGAAUGCGAAAACCUAUUGCUGCUUUGGUAUGACAGAGCUUGCCGGUGUAGUAGCCAAUGAUGAGUACAUAAAUGCAGGAAAAUUGGUUUCGGGGAUGCAACUUCAAAUAUUGGAUGAUGAUUUACGGCCACUAGGUCCUAAUCAACGUGGACAGUUAUACCUGAAAGCACCCGUGCCCUUCAAGCCUUAUCUCAAAAUCGACAGUAGUGCCCAUUACUUUCCCGACGGUUUCUUUUUGAGUGGCGACUACGGUUACGUGGACGAGCAGCACAAUCUGCAUGUGGAGUCGCGGUACAAGGACCUUGUGCGCGCCAAGGAUGCUAUUAUAAUACCGAACAACAUUGAGUACCUGAUUAGCCAGCUGCCCGAGGUGGCUGUAGCGCGGCUUGUAGGUUACAAGCAGUUCGAGGAUAGCACCGCUGACGUUGGUGCAUUAUUUGUGGUAUUGAAAGGCGUUGCCGCAAACUUGUCACCCGAUUUAGUUAGACAUAAGAUACGUGAAGCUUUGUUGGAAAAUCACCAUCUCAAGGAAAAUUCGAAUAUUGAAAAGAUACAUUUCCUCUCAAAAAUUCCCUUGACAAACUGUGGCAAAGUAGAUCGUGCCGAACUGCGCAAGCAAGCGAGCUUACUGUGAUUUGAUUCAAUUGUAAUAUGAUUGUGUACCAUGUCAAUAAUAAUAUGUGCUAUUCAAUAUUUACUCAGAAUUCGCUAUGACUAAUUGUCUAAAUUCAAAAGUAAUUAAAAUAGUAAUUUUUGAUAUUUUUAAAUAGA